AUGGUCUCAUCAAAUGGAAACAAAGAAUAUGGAUAUAGGAGAAAGAGAACACAUUUCGAAUUUGAUAGUAAUAACGAGGAGAACAAUAUAAUAAAAGAUGAAGUAAUAGAGGAAGAUCAAAAUGGAAAUGACAGAGACUCGGACUCUGCACAAAAGAGUGAUGCGGAAGCAGAAUUGGCUAAACCUUUUAAAGACCAUCAAAGAUCACAAACUUAUCAUAACAAUAAUGGGAACAAUUAUCAACGUCAACUGCACCAACACCAACACCAAAGAGACAAUUAUAGAAACAACUACAACAACUACUCGGAUCCACAAAAUAAAAAAGAAUUACUACAUAGAAGGCUACCCAAUGAUAGAGAAAGACAACAACCAAAAAUAGAUUGGGAAACAGAUCAAUUUAAAAAAGCUCAACAGCUAACAUUACAGACAGAUGAUAAAAUUCAUAUUGGAGAAGAUAAAGAAUAUGAGUAUGUCUUCGAUGAAUCACAGUACGUUAAUUUCGAUGAGGAUGAAAUAUUAGAUGAAGAUGAAACAGAGUCACCUGCACAAAUUGAACAAAAAGAGAUUGAAAAUGUUAGAAGUUCACUACCUGUUUUCCAAUAUAAACAAGAGUUUUUGAAACUAGUGAAAGAAAACCAAUUUUUAAUAGUUGUAGGAGAAACAGGUUCUGGUAAAACAACACAACUUCCUCAGUAUUUAUAUGAAGCUGGAUAUUCAAAUAACAAUACAAAAUUAAUAGGAUGUACCCAACCAAGAAGAAUAGCAGCAUCAUCAGUUGCUCAAAGAGUAGCUAUUGAAAUGAAUGCAAAGUUGGGUGAUAAAGUAGGUUAUUCCAUAAGAUUUGAUGAUAAAACCUCACAAAAUACAGUUAUAAAAUUUUCAACUGAUGGUAUGUUAUUAAGAGAAUUUUUAAAUGAUCCAAAUUUGUCUCAAUACAAUGCGAUAAUUAUUGAUGAAGCUCAUGAAAGAACUUUAUCUACUGAAAUACUACUAAGUUUGCUAAAGGAUUUAUGUAUUAAACGAAAAGAUUUAAAAUUGAUUAUUGCAAGUGCUACAAUAAAUGCUACUAAAUUUUCAGAAUUUUUCAACAACUCACCAAUAUUGAAUAUACCCGGUAGAAGAUUUCCCGUGAAGAUUCAUUAUACAAAACAACCAGAAGCUAAUUAUUUAAAUGCUAUAAUGACAACUAUUUUCCAAAUCCAUUUGACUCAACCGUUACCUGGUGAUAUAUUAGUGUUUUUAACAGGACAAGAGGAAAUUGAAAAAUUAGAAACUCAACUAAAUGAAUCAAUUGUAAGAUUAAAAGAUCAAUUACAAGAUAAGAAAAUGAAUGUUUGUGUGAUUUACGCAAAUUUGCCAAAUGAUUUACAAUACAAGAUUUUUGAGCCAACAUUGCCCGAUACAAGAAAGGUAAUUUUAGCUACAAACAUAGCAGAGACAUCCAUAACAAUCAAUGGAAUAUCGUACGUAAUAGAUUCAGGUUAUGUAAAACAAAAUGAAUAUAACCCAACAACAGGUAUGGAAAGCUUAGUGGUUGUACCAUGCUCCAAAGCUAACUGUGAUCAAAGAGCUGGUAGAGCAGGUAGAGUUGGACCUGGUAAAUGUUUUAGAAUUUUUACAAAAUAUUCAUUUGAUAAUGAUAUGGAAGCAUCAACUAAACCAGAGAUUCAAAGAUUAAAUUUAAAUUCAAUUGUUUUGUUAUUAUUAUCAUUAGGUAUUAAUGACUUGUUAAAUUUCAAAUUUUUGGAUUCUCCACCAAAACCCAACUUGAUCAAAUCUUUAAAUUUAUUAUAUAGUUUAAACGCAAUCACAACUGGUGGUAAACUAACCAAAACUGGUUUCAAAAUGAAUGAAUUCCCAUUAGAUCCAGUCCUUACAAAAUGUAUAAUCGAAAGUGAAAAAUUUGCAAUAACGAAGGAAAUAUGUAUAAUAAUAUCAAUGUUGACAGAAUCUUCCAAUUUAAGAUUUAGACCUAAAAAAUCUACCAAUGAGUUCAACGAAAAUAGGUUCAAUCAAUUCAAUCAUUCACAAGGUGAUCAUAUAACUUUACUCAACAUAUACUUGUAUUGGAUUAAAAACGAUUACUCGAAGGAAUGGUGUAAUGAUAAUUUCAUUCAACACAAAACGAUGAAAAGGAUAAAAAACAUAUAUACUCAAUUAAUUCAAAAAUGUGAUAAAAUUGGUCUUUCCACCAAAACAAAAGAUUCGGAUUUUUUUGAAAUAACAGAUGAAAAAAUUACUAAAAUUCAAAAAGUACUUCUUAAAGGGUUUUUCAAUAACGUUGUCAAAUUAUCACCAAUGGGAAAUUGUUAUGAGAAUAUAACCAAAUCCAAACUGAAAAUUCCAUGCUAUAUUCAUCCAUCUUCUGUCUUAUAUAAAAAGCCCAAACAACAAAACCAAUAUCAACAACAACAACAACAACCACAGGAAAACAAUAAUGGUAAUUUUCAACAUAACUCAAAAAAGCCGAAAUUUAUCAUGUAUUAUGAAUUAGUGCUUACUAGUAAAGAGUAUAUGAGAAAUUGUUUAGUUAUUGAUGAAAAAUUAAUUAAAAGUAGUGAAUUAAUAAAAGAAUAA